AUGGAUGACGAAGAAAUACCGGACCUCGUCGAAGUCUCUGUGGAUGGCAAUGCCACCGGCACUGUGGGAGAUGAGUCUAAGAGAAAGGUGCCUAUCACCAUCAUAACAGGCUACCUAGGCGCAGGGAAGACAACGUUGCUCAACUAUAUCUUGACAGCAGAACACGGCAAGAAAAUUGCAGCAGAAUUCGGAAAUACGACGGAUAUCGAGAAAUCCCUAACCGUCAAUCAGAACCAUCAGGCCACAACAGAAUGGAUUCCUCUGGCCAAUGGGUGUAUCUGCUGCAGCGUCAAAGACUCUGGAGUCGCAGCGUUGGAGACUCUGGUUGAACGACAGAAUGACUUUGAUUACAUCCUCCUCGAGACUACGGGUGUUGCAGAUCCCGGGAAUAUUGCGCCCAUGUUUUGGCUCGACGAAGGCCUAGGCAGUAGUAUUUACCUCGAUGGCAUCGUCACGGUUGUUGAUGCGAAGAAUAUCCUCAAGAGUCUCGAUGAGCCGGCCCCCGAAGAGUUGCCACAAUCCGAGUCCCAUGAUCGUCAUGAUCGCCAUGACCACCACAUGCCCCAGCUCACAACUGCUCACCUCCAAAUCUCCCAUGCGGAUGUAAUACUCCUCAAUAAAACAGACCUUGUCUCUCCAAUCCGGCUUUCAGCAGUUGAAGCCCGAAUCGCUUCCAUCAACGGCCUGGUUCGCAUCGUCCCGACAACACAUUCUCGCGUCACCAACCUCAGCGGUACUAUCCUAGACUUGAAGGCGUACUCGACCUUCCCCUCCCACUCUAGUACAUCCAACACCGAGACUAACGCAAUGCCCGACUUCGCCUCCAAAGGCCACUCCCACCUCGACCCGACGCUCUCCACAGCUACGUUCGCCUUACCUCCUUUUGAUCCACAAAAGCUUCACCUCCUCUCAGGCUGGUUGGAGACACUGCUCUGGGACGCCGAGGAGUUGCAGGUGGGAAGCGAGCGAAAGUACGAAAUCCAUAGAACAAAGGGGCUAGUAAGGUGUACGGAUGGGAGCACUAGGGUUGUGCAGGGUGUGAGGGAGAUUUUUGAGAUCAUUGAGGUGCCGAAGUGGAAGAUUGAUAGUGCCAAAGGGGCUAAGAAUUUGAGCGACGACCAAGUGACUGCAGGAGAAGGGAAGAUCGUGUUUAUCGGGAGGAAUCUGGAUUUGAUCACAGCAUGGAAGAUUGGUGGGGACGGUAGCUCUGCUUGA